AAGAAACAUCAUCCAUAGUGUGGAACUCACGUUACUAUCAGUGAAUCAAUACUCCAUGUGUUGACCUAAAUGCAUCUUGUUGAAUUGCUGGCCACUUCUUCUGUUGCCAGGCAUCAUCACCAGAUAAAAACCUCAACACACUGUAGCACAAUCUAUUUGCUCUGACACGUGAAGGUGGACGAUGUAUGUGGUGACUUUGAUUUCUCUUCAGUGUUUGAUGGGACUGAUGAGUGUAUCAGAAGGACUGCGAUGCUGUUGCAAGAGUAGUGUCCACUGCACUGUGCACCAAGGCGAUCCCACUAUGUGUGAACGAGACCACGUCGGCGCUCGAUGCUUGUACAUAGGGAAAUACGACUUGAGCAAAGUUACGGAAAACAAUAGUGACGACCUCGUAUUCUCUUGUCUGUCGUCGUCUGCUACGUUCAUCCGGUGCAAAUCUCGUGACAGCCAAUGUUGUGAUACCGACUGGUGCAACUGCCCAGGUCAUUUGCAUCCGACACUCUCUACGACUCUAACCCAAGAAAACAACACAACAGCAACCACACACACCAACAAUCCAACUGCUAAUGAUACAUCGAUGGUUCAUCCUCCCGAUGAAUUUCCUGGAAACUCGACUGGAAAUACGAGUCUCGCAUUCGAUGCACCCACUGGUGUGGAGAGUCAGAGAAAGGUAAACUACACACAAGGAUCAAUGAAUUCAACAAACACAAAGGUGUAUGACUCAUCGACCAACAAGUCGGCUGGAAAAGUCACUUGCAAGCCAUGCUACUGUGCUAGUAGUAAUAGGUGCACGACUUCUCGUCGUCGUCGAAGACGCUCCAGCUGUUGUAAGACCAGCAAUGAGGCGGUUGCAACUGCAACCACAUUCUCACCAGGUUUGACAACACACCAAGCAAGGACAGUAAUCUCUGAUGUCACUCCUGCAUCCAACAAUCUCAUUGAUUCCAAUCACGAUGAUACACAAUCACACGGCGAUGACGAAACGCAGUUUGUUCUCGUGUCCAUUCUAGUUGGUUCUCUCUGUGGAUUAGUGUUGAUCGUUCUCUCUAUUGUUAUAAUUCUUCUUGUGAUUAAGCAUCGACGUCGAGUGGGCAGCUUCAGUGUGGACAUCGGCGUGUCCGUCCCUGUCACUGUCAACUAUGCAGUCGCUGGUAACGAGCUCGAUAUGACACUGUCAGACAGUGGGCCAGGACUCCCGAGUCUGGAGCAACUGACUAUUUGUCGUCAGAUUACGUUGACGGAUCACAUCGGUACUGGAAGGUAUGGAGACGUGUGGUGUGGCAAGUGGAUGGGAGAGAAAGUUGCUGUGAAGAUAUUCGCAUCGAAAGACGAGGAGUCGUGGGAUCACGAGGUGAACAUCUAUCAGACGCCUCUAUUCAGACACUCCAGUGUUCUUGGCUUCAUAGCAUCGGAUCGUAGAGACACGGGCACGUGGACACAACUAUGGCUUGUGACUGAUUACUGCGAGUUUGGAUCGUUGUAUGACUUCUUGAGUCACAAUGCUGUUGAUGUUGAGAUGACACUGAAACUGGCAGAGACAGCAGCUGCUGGUCUGUCUCAUCUCCAUAUGUCGAUACUCGGCAUGAAGGGAAAACCGGCCAUGGCACACAGAGACAUAAAGAGUCGAAACUACUUGGUCCGGAGAGACUGCUCGUGCGUUCUCGGAGACUUCGGUUUGGCUGUCACGCACGAUGCCGUUAGAGAUGCCGUAAACUUUCCGUGUACAACUCGAGUUGGAACGAUCCGAUACAUGGCACCCGAAGUUCUCACCGACAAACUGGAUUCCAGUCACUUCGAGUCGUUCAAACGAGCCGACAUCUACUCGUUCGCUCUCGUCUUGUGGGAGAUCACUCGACGAUGCCAUUUCAACUCUUGGCAGCAAGGCUAUGAGAUGCCGUAUUACGAUGUGGUUGGACCCGACCCGUCAUACGAGGAAAUGUCUCAAGUUGUUGCUGUAAAGAAGUUUCGGCCGACCGUAUUGAAACAGGAACAGUGUGAACAAUAUGAGCAACUAGAAGUGAUGACCAAACUGAUGCGAGAGUGCUGGAGUGAUAGUCCAUUUGCUCGUCUUCCUGCUCUUCGCAUCAAGAAGACGCUAACGCACAUGCGAAACGAGUUCGACGUCGCACAGCACACAAUCCCGAACAUGAAGAAACUAGACGAACUGUCGUAG